GUGUAGACUUCAUGUGGAUUUGGAAAAAAAAAAAUAGGUCAGACACUUUUGAGUUGGAUCCAGGAGGAUAUAUAUGAGCAGGAGGGCAGGUAGUCAUCACAAGAAGACCAACACACCAGAAGACACCUGCUGAGAUUACUGUUCAGCCAUCAACCAUGAGGGUUAUCAACAUAGGACCAGAUCCAUCCCUGGCAUAUCGGCCAAAUCUGGACCCCUCCAAGGAGAAAGAAGAUUACAGGAACUUUGUGGAUGGAAGUCUCAUCAACAGAGUCUUUAAAACGUACAGCCUGAUGCACACCAACCAGACGGUGGACUUUGUGAAGCAAAAGCACGCUCAAUGGACCCAAUGCAACCAUUUUAAGAUGGGAAUGAUGGACGCCAUCAUGUCUCUGGACCAACUGGUGGACGAGUCCGACCCAGACGUCGACUUUCCCAACUCCUUCCACGCCUUUCAGACUGCUGAGGGCAUCCGCAAAGAACAUCCGGACAAAGACUGGUUCCAGCUAGUGGGGCUGAUCCAUGAUGUUGGGAAAAUGAUGGCCUUGUGGGAUGAGCCGCAGUGGGCUGUAGUGGGAGACACGUUUCCUGUGGGCUGCAAAUUUCAAAGUUCCAUAGUUUUCAGAGACAGCACCUUCCAGGACAACCCUGACGAGAAAAACCCAGAAUACAAGACUGACUUUGGGAUCUAUGAACCCAACUGUGGUCUGGACAAUGUGCUGAUGUCCUGGGGACACGACGAGUAUCUCUACAGAGUCAUGAAGUUCAACAACUGCCUUAUCCCAGAGGAGGGUCUGUACAUGAUUCGCUUCCAUUCCUUCUACCCCUGGCACUCUCAUGGAGAUUACACCCACCUGUGUAAUAGUAAAGACCUGCAGAUGCUGCCGUGGGUCAAAGAGUUCAACAAAUUCGACCUGUACACAAAAACCACAGAUUUGCCCAACGUGGACGAGCUGCGACCUUAUUAUCAGUCCCUGAUCGACAAAUACUGUCCUGGAGUGCUGAACUGGUAAACCAGAAGCAGGACGGACAUCUGAAAUCAGAAGCAUGCUUACAAAGUGUAAAUA